AUAUUAACUUUCAAGAUAAAAAGUUAUGCCACAAAGGAUUUUUGCAUAUAUUGAAAGCAUAUUAAAAAUAAAUCCAUCGCCUCACCGACAGUCGAUGCAAUGAUUGUCGGUAAGGCGAGGCAAGGCUGGGCGACUGUAACGAGGCACGACGGAGAGACGAGCGACAGUCAUGACAAGCAAGAGAGACGUGCAAAGUAGGGGGGAAUCCAUUAGAGGGGGAGGGGGAGGGUGAGAGCAGGGCGUGAGGGUAAAAUGAUCUUUUUGUCCCCCUUUCAAUAAACCCAUUGUAAACCCGUCGUGCUCUCUAACAUUUUCCCAACACAGCACAUGCAGUAAACACUUGUGGUCCGCAAAUGGUUAAAUUUUCAAAAAGUAGGGAUUGCGUCGUCCAUUAUUCAAUCAUGAGCAAGAGAGCCAGAAAUACGGAGAGAGUCUGUGGUUUUGCAGGUGGCCAAUUAAUGAAGAAGAUAUAUAUAUAUAUAUAUAGAUAGAUAGCCAGCUCUAGAGACACAAACCUGUGGUUGAUUAAGAAGAUUAGAGAUUGGUGCCGGGGAGAUGAAUAAGCAAGAAGAACAAGGGGCUGCGGCGGCGGAGGAGGAGGUGGAGGAGCCGGCGAGUCCGAUCGCCCAAUACUUCAACAGCUCCGCCUUAUCCAUUGCGAUUCUUGGGGUUUUGGAAUUGCAGGUUCCCUUUGAUGAUUCCCAAGCCAUGGCCCUUCUCAAGAGUCUCUUCCUCCCCAUCAACCCUCGCUUUUCCUCCAUCAUGGUUAGAGACAAGAAUGGUGGAAAACAAUGGAAGAGAGUGGAAGUAAACCUCCGGGACCACGUCAAAGUCCCCACAUUCCCGCCUGGAACGUCUUCAGGCUUCUACGACGACCAUUUCAGCGACUACUUGACCAAGAUCGCCAUGGAACAACUUCCACAGAGCCGGCCACUGUGGGAAAUUCACAUCGUCAAGUACCCGACCAGGACCGCCGCCAGCCACGUCAUCUUCAAGCUCCACCACGCGAUAGGCGACGGCUACUCCAUAAUGGGAGCUCUUCUUUCCUGCUUGAAGAGGGCCGACGACCCUUCUCUGCCGCUCACUUUUCCGGCUCUCAGGAAGGGCUUGAAUUCUCAGGCGAAUUCCGAUGGGGAGGCCGCCGGAAUUUUCAGGAGAGUGCCGAGGGUUCUGUCGGGGCUUCUGAACACGGUUUCCGACUUCGGGUGGAGCCUUCUGAAGAGCAGCUAUGUUGAAGAUGAUCGGACGCCGAUUCGGUCCAGCGCCGACGGGGUUGAGUUCCGGCCGAUGAGGAUAACCACCAUCACUUUCUCUCUUGAUCAGAUCAAACAAAUCAAGUCCAAUCUUCAAGUGACAGUGAAUGAUGUGAUAGCUGGGAUAAUCUUCCUGGGAGCCAGGCUAUACAUGCAAGAAGCAGGCCCAGAAUUCAGCAAGGCCAACUCCACAGCUUUGGUACUACUCAACACAAGGAAGAAUCUUGCAGGCUACAAGUCUGUGGCUGAGAUGAUGAGCCCCAGCCAUGACACAAAAUGGGGCAACCAAUUUGCUUUCUUGCAUAUAGCUAUCCCAGAGCUCACCAAGUCUGAGUCUUCAGACCCUAUCAGCUUCGUUUCUAAGGCACAGAAAACAAUUAGGAGGCAGAAAAACUCUGGAGCUGUUUUCCUCACUGGCAAGCUAUUAGAUACACUCAAAAGAUGUAUGGGACCUGAGGCAGCAGCUCAACACAUCCACCACACUUUGAAGAACUCAAGCAUGACAAUCACCAACAUGAUAGGACCUGUAGAACAACUCACUUUGGCCGACCAUCCCUGUGCUGGCAUCUACUUCAUGGUAGUUGGUUCUCCACAGAGUCUUACAAUAACAUUAGUGAGCUACAUGGGGAACCUGAGAGUGGCAGUGGGGUCAGAGAAAGGAUUUGUCGACUCACAGAAGUUCCAGUCAAGCAUCCAGAAAGCCUUUGAGAUGAUGUUCAAAGCUGCAGUGAAGCCUGCAAAUCCGUAGGAUAACACACCAGUCAAUUAAUAAUAAAUGGCUUUUGCCAAGUUACAUGUGUCGUUAAAUUGUUGGGUUAUGUAACUUUACAUUCUCAGCCCAUCUCUGAGCAUCUCUUUUACUCAUUAUAAAUAAUUUACUUCUUAUUUUUA